GCCAGCAGCUGUUAAUGUGGUGGGUGGUGGUGGUGGUCUUCAUGAUUACUUCUUCCACGCAGGGCGAUCGUCUCAAAUCGAGGGGAUUCUCGAUCGAUCGGCAGAGCUUUCCGUUUUUGUUUCUCAAUGUCUCAGUUCUCUAUAUCCGUAGAUGCAUAGUGAUUUACUCUUGUUUAUUUUUCGUCUUUUUUUUUCGGUUGAUCCUCGAUCCAUUUCGAGCCAACAGUCGUACUGGGUAGCAUACCUCAGGCGACAAGGCUGCUGCCGGUGCAGUUGUUUGAUGGCUGACCGCCUCGGAACGAAUCUCAGGAUUCUCAGAACUGGUUAUGAGAGAAAGAGUCCCGAGGCAGGCAGCAUCCAUCAAAAAACCAGGAAUUGCAACGCAAACAGCAGCAGCAGCAGCGACCGCACUUGCGAAAAGGUCACAUUUAGAACGAACGAGGAGUCUCGAGGAAGAAGAAUGAUGCAACAACUCCCAGCCACUAUAGAUCGCCAAAAACAAAAAUCUAUACUAAUCGCGGUCUGACUGUGGUUGACUUCCGUACGGACAUGACUGAUUGUUGACUAGGUAGUAAAUAGAUUGAUUGAGGCCCAGUAGUUGCGAAU